GGAAGGCGCGAGACUACUGAUGCCAAGUGGAACUGACGCGCACCAGUUCAAAAUGUUACUUGGUGUGCACCUGAUGACUCUGAUCCAACCAUGAUGAGAGAAGAAACAUAGAAAAAUGUAAUGAAAAUGGCUUUUCAGGUACACUUGGUCUGUCAUUUGGAGAGUUGCUUUUUGCAUCCCUGAGGAAUUACAUCUGUUUAUGGGAAAUUCUGGAUUUUGUCACUGAGGAUUUUACUUGCCCCAGAGAAAGCCUCUUGUCCACCGUUUUUUGGUGUGCUUCAUAGAGAUCAUGGCCAGAAACUCAUUCCGUGGGUCGAAGUACAAGGCAGAAGCCAAUCAUGAUGGAGAUUUUGGCUGUACACUCAAAGAGCUUCGCUCUCUCAUGGAACUCAGAGGGGCAGACGGAUUACAAAGAAUCCAGGAAUGUUAUGGAGAUGUUCAGGGACUCUGCUCCAGGUUGAAAUCAUCACCAAUAGAGGGGUUAAGUGGUCAUUCUGAUGACAUUGCAAGAAGAAAAGAAGAAUUUGGAAAGAAUUUUAUACCUCCUAAAAAGCCAAAAACAUUCCUUCAGUUAGUGUGGGAAGCGUUGCAGGAUGUGACUCUAAUUAUAUUGGAAGUUGCAGCCAUAAUAUCCUUAGGCCUUUCCUUCUAUAAACCUCCUGAUGCUGAGAGAGAAUUCUGUGGCAGGGCAGCUGGAGCAGUUGAGGAUGAGGGUGAGGCAGAGGCGGGGUGGAUCGAGGGAGCUGCCAUCCUCCUGUCUGUCAUCUGUGUGGUUCUCGUCACUGCCUUUAACGACUGGAGCAAAGAGAAGCAAUUCCGUGGGCUGCAGAGCCGAAUCGAACAAGAGCAGAGGUUCAAUGUAGUCCGAGCUGGACAGGUCAUUCAGAUUCCUGUGGCCGAGAUCGUGGUUGGAGACAUCGCUCAAGUCAAAUAUGGUGACCUCCUUCCUGCUGAUGGUGUGCUAAUCCAAGGGAAUGAUCUCAAAAUCGAUGAGAGUUCGCUCACUGGAGAGUCUGACCAUGUCAAAAAAACUUUGGACCAAGACCCCAUGCUGCUUUCAGGCACACAUGUGAUGGAGGGCUCAGGUAAAAUUCUGGUCACUGCGGUAGGCGUGAACUCUCAGACUGGCAUCAUCUUUACUCUGCUCGGAGGCGGUGAAGAUGAUGAUGAUGACAAUGAGGAGAAGAAAGAAGAGAAGGAGAAGAAGAAAAGAGAGAAGGAAGAGAAAAAGAGAGAAAAUGAGAGGAAAAAGAAAGAAAAAAAGAAAAAUAAAAAGCAAGACGGAAGAGAUAAAAAGAAAGAUAAGGAUGGAGGUACAGUGGAGAUGGACCCUCUCAACAGUGAUGAUGGAGAAGAAGAAGAGAAAAAAACAAAGCUACCAAAGAAAGAGAAAUCUGUGCUUCAAGGAAAGCUCACCAAACUAGCUGUACAAAUUGGAAAAGCAGGUCUCUUCAUGUCAGCCAUCACGGUCAUCAUUCUUGUGGUGCUCUUUUUGGUGGAUACUUUCUGGGUUCAGGGGCUUCCCUGGAUCAAAGACUGCACUCCCAUCUACAUCCAGUUUUUUGUUAAGUUCUUCAUCAUCGGUGUCACUGUGCUGGUUGUUGCUGUGCCUGAGGGCCUACCCCUCGCCGUCACCAUCUCAUUGGCUUAUUCUGUCAAAAAAAUGAUGAAGGAUAACAAUCUGGUGAGACAUCUGGACGCUUGUGAGACGAUGGGCAAUGCCACUGCAAUCUGCUCGGAUAAAACGGGCACCUUAACUACGAACAGAAUGACGGUGGUUCAGGUUUAUAUUGCAGACAGACACUACAGGAAGGUCCCAGAGCCUGAUCUGAUUCCAGGCAAAAUCAUGAACCUACUUACUACAGGCAUCAGUGUCAACUGUGCAUACACUUCCAAAAUCAUGCCUCCUGAGAAAGACGGCGGUCUGCCCCGUCAAGUUGGGAACAAAACAGAAUGUGCCUUGCUGGGGUUUUCCCUUGAUUUACGAAAAGAUUACCAAAUGAUUCGCAAUGAAUAUCCUGAGGAAAAACUGUUCAAAGUAUACACCUUUAACUCGGUGAGGAAAUCCAUGAGCACAGUCCUAAAAAACUGUGAUGGAAGUUACCGUAUGUUCAGCAAAGGAGCCUCAGAAAUCCUCCUGAAGAAAUGUUGUAAAAUCCUGACAGCCAGUGGCGAUGCCAAAGCCUUCAAGCCCAGGGAUCGAGAAGACAUAGUGAAAAAUGUGAUUGAGCCCAUGGCCUCAGAGGGCUUGAGAACCAUCUGCCUGGCCUACAGGGAUUUCGAUCUCUCAGAUGGGGAACCAGACUGGGAUGAUGAGACAGAUAUACUGACUGGACUCACCUGCAUUUGUGUAGUGGGCAUUGAGGAUCCUGUUCGGCCAGAGGUCCCAGAUGCUAUUAAGAAGUGUCAGCGAGCAGGCAUCACGGUGCGCAUGGUCACCGGGGACAACAUUAACACCGCUCGAGCUAUUGCAACCAAGUGCGGCAUUAUCAAUCCUGGCGAUGACUUCCUGUGCAUUGAAGGAAAAGAGUUCAACAGGCGGAUACACAAUCAACUGGGAGAGAUCGAGCAAGAACGCCUAGACAAGAUCUGGCCGAAACUACGUGUACUUGCAAGAUCUUCUCCAACUGAUAAGCAUACUUUGGUAAAAGGUAUAAUCGAUAGCACCAUUGUAGAACAAAGACAAGUAGUUGCUGUCACAGGAGACGGAACCAAUGAUGGCCCUGCACUGAAAAAAGCAGAUGUUGGAUUUGCAAUGGGCAUUGCUGGUACAGAUGUGGCCAAAGAGGCAUCAGACAUUAUCUUGACGGAUGAUAAUUUCUCCAGCAUUGUAAAGGCAGUGAUGUGGGGAAGGAACGUUUAUGACAGCAUCUCCAAAUUCCUCCAAUUUCAGCUGACGGUCAAUGUUGUGGCUGUGAUUGUGGCGUUUACUGGAGCCUGUAUCACACAGGACUCCCCUCUCAAAGCUGUGCAGAUGCUGUGGGUGAAUUUAAUCAUGGACACGUUUGCAUCUUUGGCGCUGGCAACGGAGCCUCCCACUGAGGCUCUACUGUUGCGGAAACCUUACGGCCGCAACAAGCCCCUUAUUUCCCGCACCAUGAUGAAGAACAUCCUUGGACAUGCUGUGUAUCAGCUAACCAUCAUCUUCACUCUGCUGUUUGCUGGUGAGCAGAUCUUUGACAUUGACAGCGGCAGGAACUCUCCUCUUCAUGCCCCGCCUUCAGAGCACUACACCAUCGUCUUCAAUACCUUUGUGAUGAUGCAGCUCUUCAACGAGAUCAAUGCUCGAAAGAUCCACGGCGAGAGAAAUGUUUUUGAGGGCAUCUUCAAUAACUUGAUCUUCUGCACCAUUGUAUUCGGGACCUUUGUUAUCCAGAUAAUUAUUGUGCAGUUUGGAGGGAAGCCUUUUAGCUGUGUAGGUCUCACUAUUGACCAGUGGCUGUGGUGUGUCUUCCUUGGUUUUGGCUGUCUUCUCUGGGGUCAGUUGGUCACCACCAUUCCCACGAGUCGACUGAAGUUCCUGAUGACAGCAGGUCAUGGAACCCAGAAGGAGGAGAUACCUGAAGAGGAGCUUGAGGAGAUGGAAGACUUGGAUGAAAUUGACCAUGCUGAAAUGGAGCUAAAAAGAGGGCAGAUUCUGUGGUGCAGGGGUCUCAACAGAAUUCAGACACAGAUCCGUGUGGUGAAUGCAUUCCGGGAUUCCAUGUCCCCUUAUGAAGGCCUGGAGACACCAGAGUCCCGCAGCUCCAUUCACAACUUCAUGAGCCACCCAGAAUUCAAUAUUGGGGAUUCAGAGCCAGCCAUCCCCCUUAUCGAUGACACAGACCCUGAGGAGGAUGCACCCACUAAACGCAACACAAUCCCUCCCCCACUGCCUCCAAUUUUAUCUUCUCCUAAUCAGAACAAUAAUGCAUCUGAUAACAGGGGCUUCCAUCACAAUAAAAAUCUAGCAAAGACUAUCCUUCCUCCGACUCCUGGAAGCCCACUGCACAGCCUGGAGACCUCUCUCUAAUACAGUACCACCCACGCUGAGACCAUGUCAGUGACCCCGUGAGACUUGGGCAUAUUAAGGACAAGGUCUGGAGUUUUGGUCCACUGUCAGUCUGGAAACUGGAACUGGCAAGAUAGCAAAACUUGGCAAGUGAUGGUUUUGUUUGUUUUGUUUUUUUUUUAUGUAAAUGGUGUGGUUUGAGAAUAGACAGCGUUGCAUCUAAAUAGAUGUCUGAUUUAUGAAACUUGAUGAAAGUGUCUACUUCCCCCUUUUUUCAGUUAAAUAUUUUGAUAUGUGGUAUUGGGUGUUCAUAUACGUGUAGUUGGAUUAAUUUCCAGUUUUUUCGUUUUUUAUUGUGGGUAAAAAUGGAAGGAAAAAUACAAAGAGUUUUCCUUCCUUCAGAGCAAUUUAUUGUAGUUGCUACUCAGUUUCAUAAUGAACACUCUUUUUUGAACAUAAGGUUUACUAUUGGCUUUUAAAGGAAUAGUUCACCCAACUGUAACAGGUAAAGGACAGGCAAGGAGGAGGUGGGAACCGGCUGAACAGUAAACAAAGUUUUAAUGAGAAACUCAACUUAAAACAAACGUAAACCAACACAGACACACCUGCAAUGCGGUCGCGUGCGUCUCUCUCUCCCGAACCGGCGUCUCCGGCUGCCCUUUAUCUCGCUCUCCCGCUGAUCAGCUGAUUCAGCGCCAGCCGUGCUCCAUCACGGCCCGGCCACACCCUCCUCCUCGUCACACUAACAAUUAAAAUUCUCAUCAUUUACUCACCCUCAUGUAAUCCCAGAUGUGUAUGACUUUUUAUCUUCUGUUGAACACAAACAAAGGUUUUUAUAAGAAUGUAUCAGCUCUUUAGGUCCAUAAAAUGCAAGUGAAUGGUGACCAAGACUUUGAAGCUCCAAAAGCACAUAAAGGGAGCAUAAAAGUAAUCCAUAAGACUCCAGUGGUUAAAUCAAUAUCUUCAGAAGUGAAAUGAUAGGUGUGGGUGAGAAACAUUAAUAUUUAAGUCCUUUUUUUCACUAUCAUUCUUCUUCUUUUGUUUUUGGCAAUUCACAUUAUUCGUGCAUAUCGCCACCUACUGGGCAGGGAGGAGAAUUUAUAGUAAAAAAGGAUUUAAACAUUGAUCUGUUUCUCACCCACACCAAUCAUAUCACUUUAGAAGACAUGAAUUUAACCACUGGAGUCGUAUGGAUUAAUUUUAUGCUGCCUUUAUGUGCAUUUUGGAGCUUCACAAUUUUGGUACCCAUUCACCUGCAUUGUGAGGACCAACAGAGCUUAGAUAUUCUUCUAAAAAUCUUUGUUCUGCAGAAGAAAGAAAGUCAUACACAUCUGGGAUGGCAUGAGGGUGACUAAAUGAUGAGAGAAUUUUCAUUUUGGGUGAACAAUUCCUUUAAGUUAUAUGUUUUUUAUUUUUAGAAAGCAGAUAGGAAUCCAUAGAAGGACUACCUGAUAAGCCUUGUGGUCUAAUUUACAGUAAAUGUGAAAAGAUAUACACGCAAUGCCUCACCAUUAAACAACUUAAGAGGGGAACGGCAGAUCCGUUUUGGGCUUUUUGUUUAAUGAAGAGUGAACUUAUCCACUCGUACUGGAAUUUACAGCAAAAUUACACAACUAGUGUGUAUUAAGGGAAUAAAAUGUUGUCUGUUCAUAAGAUUUACAGUGGUACAUUUUGCUCUGGCAAAAACAUAUUUGAAUUUCAUGUCUUCUUUUUUAUAUUUUUAAAUCAACAAAAUAAAAAACAAGAAAGGUAACAGGGACACACUAAGAGCUUUGUGCACAAGCCUGUUAUGUAGCAGUGUGUUUUCUGUAAAGAGUGCUUUUUUAUUAUUAUUUUGAUCCUCCCCACCCCUCUAAAUAACAGAUGAUAAUAUACACACCACAGCAUAAACACCACACAAGUCCCAUGAAUUUAGUCAAAAUGCCAUUGUAUGAAAUAGUGUGAUGAUAAUGUGAAGUGUAUUUAUUCAUUAUUGGAGCUAUUAUUCGUUGUGGGAAUAUGAAAACCUAAUUUCAACUGAAUGUGGUGUAGGAUUUAAACCAAAAUUAGGGCGUAGGCUCUGUUUGGAUGUAUACACAUUUAAUAAAAUAAUUUAGCAAAUAGGAAAGAAAGAAAACAGGAGAGAAUUCUUUGGUUAUUUUUGUUUGUUUCGCUGUAGUUUCAUUCCCAUUUUGGGAAUGAAUAUUUGUACAUCUGUUUAUGGAAUAUUAUAAUUUUUUUUCUAUUGUAAUAUUUGGUAAUAAAGUAAUUAAUGUCUAUUAAUCUUGAGAAAUGUAAAUGGUUAUUGUGGUUCAAUUUACAUUUGAAAGUCUUUGAAUUAUGUGUAUGUUUUUUGACAAUAAAA